UCUUAUCGCAACCGACACCAAAUAUCUACCAUCACGAUGUCGGACCCUAUCAACGCCAACCCCACCAUCAUCGAUGUGUCGAACCUCCCCACCAGGAUAGGCCAGGACACCAAGGCCACCAACCGGAACGCCGAGUUGGUGGAGAGAAUCACCUCCCUCUCACUUCUCACACCAAAAGUACAUCACCCAUCCUCACCUGCUACCACGGUGCCUGAUCUCGUGUCAGACGUGGACAUGGACUCUACUGAGGACGAGUUGGUGGACGAAGACGACGAAGAUGAGGAUGCUAUCGACGCUCAAGAAAUCUUCGAUCUCAUCUCUACAAUCUCCGAUCCAGAACACCCUUUGACUUUGGCCCAGCUUGCUGUGGUCAACUUGUCGGACAUAACAGUGACUUUGGGCCAGAACAAGAACACGGACAUUUCAGAGGUUCUCAUCAAGAUCACUCCUACCAUCACUCAUUGCUCGUUGGCCACCUUGAUCGGGUUGGGAAUCAGGGUGCGCUUGGAGCGUUGCUUACCUGCCAGAUUCAGAAUCAGGAUCUUGAUCAAGGAGGGAACACAUCAGUCCGAAAACCAAGUCAACAAACAGUUGAACGACAAAGAAAGAGUGGCUGCUGCCUGUGAAAAUGACCAGUUGUUGAGCGUGAUACUGCAGAUGUUGAGCACUUGCAAGUAACUGGAAGAACUAGUUCGAAUACUCUCUGGAUCCAGCACCAAGAGGCUUGCUCCCUGAAAUAUAAACGUUAACUUCCUUCAAGAUACUACCCAUUUUCAUACUGAAGUAAUUAUAUUAAUAAAUUAAGACAU